CCUGACUUCUGGCUGUCACCCCCUAUCAGUCACAAUGCCGCAGCUCUGAUUGGUUGCCCUGGCCCUGCUGGGGGGGGGUCUCCUCCUCCAGCUUGGAAACUAGUUAGUGUCAAGCCCCCGGUGUUACAUUGUAGCCAGUCAGUGGGAGUUACCUGGGGGGGCAGCAUGGGCACCCGCCCGCCGGGGGAUCUACAGUGACCUGGGGACACGCUCUGACCCCUGGGGCAGAUCGCUGGCCAGUCUACAUUUACCUUUAUUAAAAUGUGCCGCUGGGGCGUGGAAAGACCCAACAAUACGGUGUCAGACUAUUCGGUGACAGCGUGAACUCAGCAUGCUGUCUGCGGAUACUUGGAUGUAUUGCUUUCUUGUCAUCCUGGAGCACCGUACAGCCCCUUACCGAACAUCACAAGACACAGGAAGAGAAACUCCUCGUUCGUCUGUAAAGCAUCAGCAGACUGUGCUGCUGUCAUCAUGUCGGUCAGCGUCCACGAGAACCGUAAAUCCCGAACGAGCACCGGCUCUAUGAACAUCUUGCUUUUCCACAAAACCUCCCACCCAGACUGCGUCCUGUCCCAUCUCAACACCUUCCGGAAGCGCUGCGUGUUCACUGACGUCACCCUCUGGGCCGGGAACAGGUCCUUCCCCUGCCAUCGUGCUGUGCUGGCUGCCUCCAGCAGCUAUUUCGAGGCCAUGUUCAGCAACGGCCUGCGGGAGAGCCUGGACGAUGAGGUUAAUUUCCAUGAUAGCCUCCACCCAGAGGUGCUGGAGCUGCUGCUGGACUUCGCGUACUCCUCCCAGAUCAUCAUCAAUGAGGAGAACGCAGAGUCCCUGCUGGAGGCUGGGGACAUGCUGCAGUUCCACGACGUCCGAGACGCAGCGGCCGAGUUCCUCGAGAAGAACCUCUACCCUUCCAACUGCCUGGGCAUGAUGCUGCUCUCGGACGUUCAUCAGUGCCGCAGACUCUACGAGCUGUCCUGGAGGAUGUGCCUGGUCAACUUUGAAACAGUGCACAAGAGCGAGGAUUUCAACAACCUCUCCAAGGACAUCCUGCUGGACCUGAUCGCCAGUGACGAGCUGGAGAUAGAGGAUGAGGAGAAGGUCUUCAGGGCCAUCAUUCAGUGGGUGAAGUAUGACUUGGACAAACGGAAGGUGCAUCUCCCAGAGCUGCUGAGGAACGUGCGUCUGGCCUUGUUGCCUUCCAAGUGCCUCAAGGAAGCCAUGGCGUGCGAGGACCUGAUCAUGGCAGAUGAGAGGAACAAGCUCAUCAUGGACGAGGCCAUGCACUGCAAGAAGAAGAUCCUCCAGAAUGACGGGGUGGUCACCAGCCCCUGUGCCAGGCCCCGCAAAGCCGGGCACACCUUGCUGAUCCUGGGCGGGCAGACCUUUAUGUGUGAUAAGAUCUACCAGGUGGAUCAAAAGGCAAAAGAGAUCAUCCCCAAAGCAGACCUGCCAAGCCCAAGGAAAGAGUUUAGUGCCUGUGCCAUUGGCUGCAAAGUCUAUGUCACUGGCGGGCGGGGCUCAGAGAAUGGGGUCUCCAAAGACGUCUGGGUAUAUGACACCGUUCAUGAGGAAUGGUCCAAAGCUGCUCCCAUGCUGAUAGCUAGGUUUGGGCAUGGCUCAGCUGAACUGGAGAACUGCCUCUACGUGGUCGGUGGGCACACGGCGGUGGCUGGCGUCUUUCCGGCAUCUCCCUCUGUUUCCUUGAAGCAGGUAGAGAAGUAUGACCCUGCCUCCAACAAAUGGACCAUGGUGGCCCCUCUAAGGGAUGGAGUCAGCAACGCUGCAGUGGUCAGUGCUCGGCUGAAGCUUUUUGUCUUUGGCGGGACCAGCAUCCACCGGGACAUGGUGUCCAAAGUCCAAUGCUAUGAUCCUGUCGUGAACCGGUGGGCGAUCAAAGCAGAGUGCCCCCAACCUUGGCGCUACACUGCCGCCGCUGUUCUAGGCAGCCAGAUUUUCAUCAUGGGCGGGGACACUGAAUUCACAGCUGCGUCCGCCUACCGCUUCGACUGUGAAACGGACCAGUGGACGCGGAUCGGGGACAUGACUGCCAAGCGCAUGUCAUGCCACGCCUUGGCCUCGGGGAAUAAGCUUUACGUGGUGGGGGGUUACUUUGGGACGCAGAGGUGUAAAACGCUGGAUUGUUAUGACCCUACCUCGGACACGUGGAACUGUAUAACAACAGUGCCGUACUCACUCAUCCCCACGGCUUUCGUCAGCACAUGGAAGCACUUGCCAGCUUGAGAGGCAUUGACUUGGGCCCAGAAUUCAGAAGCUUAACCGGAUGCCACUGUCGAAUUCAUCUCCCUUUCUCUCUGCUGGAGUCUGCACAGUGACCGAAUGCUACCAGCCUCGCUCCUUACUGCCCCCACCCAAAGCCUGCAAAGGGUAUUUUGCAGCCCUGCCCUGGCCCAGGGCAUGGGAAAAGGGCUGACCUGAGAAUGAAGGCUGAGAGGGGAUGCAGCUACUCGAAUGGCCGUGCAAUCAAGCAACUGAAGGAGAACGGAGCUGAGAAAAGUGCUGGUGUGGAGGCCUAUUGUGUCGGGGCUGUUUUCCAUUGGGGCUCUCGUUUGUGGGAGUGGGGAGGGAAGGGGAUUGGUUUUACUAUGGUAAGAAAGAUGAAGUAUCCGUGGACGCUGCUUUAAGCCUAUUGAGCUGCAGGAAAUGGAUGUUGCUGCCACUACCUAAGGAGGCACAAGUUUGAAUUAAACAGAGCGCAGUGGGAGCGCAGGACCUGUCCUGCCACCUGAUUCCGCUGGAGUUUGUGCUAGGACCCCAGCAGGGUUUUCCAGCGGUCCUAAGAGCGCACAGCACAGUAACCCGACGAGGUGCUUUUUGUACUGGGGCACACGGGAGGGUUCUACACUUUUUAAAAGCGGUUAAUUUUGCAGAGUGCUUUGUCGGUGAUCCCGGGUCAUUAGGACACUUCAAAAUGAUCCAAACCGAAGGGGAGUGUGAGACGGGUGGCUGUUGCCAGUGGGGCGGGGAUUGGAGAAUCCGACUCUGGGCUCUGCACAGAUUGGAAAGGUAGCAGAGAGCCAGCCCCGUGCAUGACCCAAGUACCUGCUCCUGUUGCCGGGCAGGGAAGCUGGCUGCUGAAACUUAAAUUGGUAGCCCUUCAAUGUUGCUAAAAAAAAUCCCAGGAGGCCGACACCCCAGACAGCCAGGUAACUUGCAGGAAGAAGGCAGGGACCCGUUGUGCACAUCAGAACAUUUUCCUUCCGCAUUGUACUGCAGUGUGUCAGAGGCCUGGCAGCUCCCUUCCCACAGCAGCUGGGGAGAGGCGUUGUACACCUGUCAGUGUGUCAGGAUCUGGGUUAAUUAUGUUGCAAAGGGCUGACCUAAAGCUGGAUAACACUCGCUGCACAUUCAGAGCAGGUCUCUGAGCCGCUCCUCUGCAUUAUUACAUCCCCUAAAUCCUGGGUGUGUAGGAGGGAAGGGGGUUUUAUCAGCAAAUGAACAGGAACACGGAAUUUACCGUACCAGAUCUGAUCUUCAGUCCAGUGAGAAGCAUGUCCUGCCUCAACAGUGCCUAAUACACGAUGCUUCAAAGGUAAAGUAUCACACAAUUGGCAAGGUGAAUUAUGGGAGGGGAGUAUUGGUAAAGAAUCCAUUCCCUACCCUGUGCUGGCACACCCUGAUGCCUGUGGUGGCUGUACCCUCAUCCCAUCCUGCAGAGCUGCCACGGGUGUUGGUCAUAAAUUACCCAUAAGCAGCUCUUAAGUUUCAGUGGCUGAUCGCCGCGGGCCAGGGCUGUCAACGUGGCGGUGCGCUCUGCCUGCAUUUUGUUUUACAGGACGUACCCAUUAAUUCUGAGUGACCCCCUUGUUCUCAUCAUGGAUUAGGGCUCUUUCUUUGAUAACAACUGUUUACAGCAUGGACUACAUUUCUUCCACACCGAGCCCGACCACUGCUGUCCGCAGGCCUGGCGGCUCCAGCAUGCCUUUGCGUACUCUGAGUUUUCAAUGGAUGCGCUUAAGCUGCAGCCCAGCCAGCCAAAUAGUGCAAUGUACUGGAAACCCUUGACGUGGCCUCAAACACAGAUGCCUUUCAGGAGGGAAGAGCUCCCUUCCCUGGAAAGAUGAGCACGCCCUUUUUACACAGCCGCCUCGCUAAUGGACUGCAUUGUUGAUUGAUUUAAGUGUUGGUUCUCCCCCGAUGUCUGAGAACUUUAAUAAAACAGUCUGGGGAGCCUUUUGGGG